CAAGUUUCGGAUUUGGCAGCCCUUUUCAAAAGCUAAACCCUAGAAAGAGAAAAGAUUGGAACGUCCAAUAAUUGGAGAUGAGAGAAAGGCGACUGAUCUGUUUAUGUCUUCAUUUCCUGUUUAAUUUAACUAAAACAAAUAAGGAAAAAUAAUCAUUAAUUACAGCAUCAGUAGCUUUUUUAUGAUUUGAUUUGCUUUAUGCUAGAUAUAGUUAAGAUUUCUAUAUAUUUUUAAUUUUUUUUCUUACUUUGAUGAGACAGGUGGCGUAAAUGUGCUUCCUUUCCGCGGAAUUAGGUAAAGUGGGAACUAGGGUUUUACUUGCCUUGCCCCGAUUUGGUUGGGGACAGAGUCCAGCUGGAAAAAAGCGCAAAAAGCAGGGACGGGGGUGCACAAGUUCUUCCUUUUUUAGCAUCUGUUGUGGUAUGGAGUGGAACUUUAAGAAUCCCUUACAGUGGGAUUGGGAAAACUUAGGUUUGUUUAGUGGAAAAGAAAGUGAAGUUUCCAAGUCUACAGAGCUAUCUGAGUGGAGAGCCGAAGGUGGAGCAAUUAGUAAUGGCUCCAUGUAUUCAUCUGGCAGUGGCACUUGCUCAGGUUCAGAACUGGGUAAUGGUUCGUUGAAGAAAACAGUAACAGCUUCCGUUGGUUUUUUAUCAAAGGAAGGAAGUAAGACAUCAGAGGUCAACCUCGAAGCAGCCCAAGGAAUCAUUAAGAACCAAUUCAAGAAUUAUGAAAUGGCCCAGGGAGAAGAUUUUAGAACUUCCCCUGUGAUUGUUAGAUGUGUUGGUACUGGAGAGCCACCAAUUGGUCUAAAACUUGGCAAGAGAACUUAUUUUGAAAAUUUAGGUUCUGCAAAUAUUAAGACUUCUUCAGUUUCUAUGACACCACCAGCUGCUUCAGUUAGAAGGUCUAGGGCAUCUCAUCAGGCCAUUCAGCAUGCUUACUGCCAGGUCGAGGGCUGCAGUAUUGAUCUAACGGCUGCAAAAGAUUAUCAUCGCAAGCACAGAGUAUGUGAAAGGCAUUCUAAAAGUCCUAGGGUAAUUGUUGCUGGUCAUGAACGUCGUUUUUGUCAGCAAUGUAGCCGAUUUCAUGAUUUAUGCGAGUUUGAUCAGAAGAAACGGAGCUGUCGUAGGCGCUUAUCUGACCAUAAUGCACGGCGACGCAAAGCCCAGCCUGAAACAAUCUCCUUCAACCCCUCAACUCUUCCUUCUCUCUUUUAUGAUGAAAGACAACAGAUGAGUUUUUUCCUGAAUUUAGCUCCAUUUAGUCAUGUAAGACCUUCUACAAGCUCUAUGUUGGAUCAAUCAGAUGGCUUCAGCCUUUCAAUGAGAAAAGGAUCUUGGCUUAAAACAAUAAAAGCGGAUGUUGAUAGACAGUUACAGUUCCCUGAGAUGGAUUUCUCUAAUAAAAUUAAACCUUCUCGUGAUGGCCUUAACAGACUUAUACCAUUCAAGUGUACCACGAAUGAGGUCCUUAAUCAAGGUGAGGAAGCUUAUGUGCCUACUUCAAACUUGAAUGGAGCACCGGACCUUCGGCGUGCUCUCUCUCUUCUGUCAAGUGAUGCCUGGUGUCCAUCGAGCACAGAGCAAAGCAGUAUGAUCCAGUUAGCCAUUACCAAUCCCAUCACCACAUCUAAUCUCCGAGUUCCGACGGCGAAUUUAGCACCUGAAUGCUGGCAGAAUGAUAAUUCUCUGGCAGAACAAGCACUACCUUUCAACUUGCAUGGCAAUGGAAGCCACAUUCAGGACUUGCAACUUAGCAAAGCUCCAUAUGAGAGCUCCUUUUUUGAAUCCAACCAGGCAUUCUCCAAAUCAGAUGGCCAUUUUACUGAGUUCAAGACUUGAAGGAAUGGAUAUUUGCAUUUUUUGAAAUCCUACAACAGAUUGCCGUUGCUGCACCAUUGAAGAUGAUGACAAUUCUAACAUUUUGCUCAUGUUUCUGCACUUCCUGAAGCUUAUUGGAUGGAAAGAUAUGAUUCUGAAGCUUGCCUUUGCCAUCUGCAAAACUGAUCAGCUUUGGGGUAUACAGUCCAUCUUAUGCUAUCUAGUUGUUUUUGUGCUGAUAUAAUAUGAAAUCUGCUGCAAGUUGAAUCUUGUAUGUAAAGUCCAACAUAAUCCCAUGCCAUCAUUAUGCAAAACUCAACAUGUAUGUAUGAUGUAUGAUGUAAAACUCAACAUGGAUGUAUGACUAGUGGCAGUUUAAUUUUUUUAAGCCCUUGAUUAAAA